UCCUAUUUCUUUUUUCUCUUUUCAGGUGAGAGUUUGUGUCCCGUGGUGUCCUUUGUGCCCCGCGAGAGUGCCCUUCCAUCACAGUGUCCAGGGGCACGGCACAGUGGUGUGGGAGGGGAGUGGAGCGCGUCCUCUCCGUGCUCUUCUCUAACGGACUCACCGCCGCCCCGCCCCGAGGACCUCGACGACUGUUGCCCCGGGCCCGGCACUCUUCCCGGCCCUGGCCCCGCCCUCCCGCACACUCCUACGGCUGGGGCCCCACUCAAUACGCCCCCGCCGCCUGCCGCCCGUCAUGACCUUCCGGUGACGUGCAUGGCACCCAAUGAUGGCUCGGGCGUGCAGGUGGGGCGGAAGGGUGGUCACGAGGGGGACCAGCUGAUGGGCAGGUUUGGCCCGGGAGGCCAGGUGGGCCACACGCCUCACAAGGACCGACCACCGGACACUGAUGCCCUGCCCGUGAGAACCACGCGGCGCACGGCCCCGCUCGAGGCCGCGCACCGUCGCCGGAGGCUGCCGGUGGAUCAUGUACGAAAACGACCUGGGGAAGAAGCCAACAUGGGCGGCGAAAGGCGCACCAAGUUGCCCAAGGCGUCGUCGCCGCCGUCAGCAGUGAACGGUGUGACGCACCUAAAUGGCUGUGUGAACGGCGAUGUGAAUGGCGAUGCGAGUGACUUGCUGCACCGACGACUCUCGGGGUUGGGGGCAGGGGCGGGGGAGAAGCGCCCCCGCCCCAAUAACCAUCACAGAAACAAUGGGUUCACCAAGGACACCUUGCAAAAUGGCGUCGGACACCUUCUUGGUAAAAAUGGAAUAAAACGCUUUUCUGAACCCGUGAAUGGCAGAGUGAAUGGGGUGGUGCGGCCGGAGCGGGUGAACGGCGGCGUGCCGCUGCGGCGGGUGAGCGGCGAGGAGCACCGGCGGAAAGUGGACCAUCAUACCAACAACAAUACGGAACCGCCCUCCUCGUUACCGCCCUCACCCGCCAGGCUCACCCACGGGGAUACGCUGCCCCAGACCCGCGCCCACGCCCACGCCCACGCCCCCACCGCCGGCAAGCGCGCCACUCAGGGAUUCCUUCACCCAACUCAGGACUUAACAUUGAGCUGUGAUGUGGGCCUCACGCCGCCCAUCCCCUCUCCCCGGGCCGCCCACCAGCCUCCCCUGUCUCCUACGUCGGCUAGGUGCUCGGCCAAGUCCUCCUCGCCGCCCCCACACAGCAUUCCCGCCAGCAGCAAGAGCCGGAGUAGCUCAAGCAGCUCGGGCGCGGGCUCCUCCGCCCCCAGUUCCGGCGCCUCAACGCCUACGACCCCCUGCACCGUGCGCUUUCCCCCACCGGAGAAGAAGGAGGCGAGUGACGUGUGUCGCUGGCGGGACUGCAACGUGACCUUAGACCCCGCCACCUCCCUCCUGGAACACAUUCAGGCUGUGCAUGUUGAAGGUCAGCUUGAGGCUGAGAGCUUCAGGUGCCUGUGGGUCGGGUGCAAGGUGUAUGAGAAGGCCUCCUGCUCGGUGUCGUGGCUUGAGCGCCAUGUCCUCACCCAUGGCGGCCACAAACCGUUCAAGUGCAUCGUUGAAGGCUGUGGUCAUAGAUUUACUUCCCAGAUGGCACUGGGACGGCAUGUCAACAACCACUUCAGCACAGCAGCUGCCACCCCAGCCCCUCGCCCCCCAACGCAGCCCUCCCCCACUAAGCUGAUACGCAAGAAUGGACGCAAGUGUCGCUAUAGGAAGAAGCCUUGGUCAGAUUCGAGAGCAAAGCCACCAGUCCCUGCCCGCAUGUUUGACAUGUUUGACGUAGGAGUGAUGGAACGGCUGCAGUGGCGCCUCAUGUGUGCCACUCAGGUGCAGAAUGGAGGAACCCCUCUUACCUCUGCUCAAACCUUCACCUUACGACCACAGGUCCUUGCAAGACGAACGUGUGGCAAAGAUUCUGCGGAGGUCUUAGUUAGAUGGUCUCCACCAGGAAUACUUGCUGAUGAAUGGAUCCCCUCUGACCAACUGGAACCAAUGCGACAGGUGCCCCUGGAGCAACUGUCCCCGGAGGCCAAGCUGAUUGUUUCUCAACUGUGUUAUCCCACCACGGCUUGGCCUCGCAAACACAAACGCAAAAGCUCUUCUUGUCCUAAAACUUUAGAAUUAACUAAAGCUGUGUGAUCUUAGGGAAAAUUAUUAUUUUUAAAGACAAAGUUAGGUCUUGAUCUCAUUCCAUUACGGAGUAACACAGUGUGUGUAUGUGAUGUGAGCAUUCCUCUAUGACUGUGGAGGAGAGACUUCUCCCCACAGUGGAGGCUCAGAAUGUUGAACUUGUGGAUUAUAUGGACCAAAUACUGGACCAAAAAUGAUAUUCUGUGCAAACUAAGGGGAAAUAUUAUGUGUCUGUGUGUACAGUAUACUGUGUAUAUUUGUAAAUAGUGUGAGAGUUGAACAACCAGCAUAGUUUGUCCACUGCCAGGAGCUCUUAAUACCAUUACUUUGUGUAAAAAAGGUCAUGUGACCAAUGUUAGGAUAUAUAUAUACCUAAUCCUAGUGAGCCAGCACUGCUGCUCCCAUACAGAUAUUUGGCAACAAUAGCAACUGAAAAAUUAUAAGGAAAUAUGAUUGUUGUUAGAUAAUUGAAAUUGUAUUUAUAUUAAAUAUCUGAUUGUAAAGAUUAGUAGUUAUUAUAGUGUCUUAUAGACUGAUUACUAACAGUAGAGUAACUGCCAUAUAUCUGGGAGGUGGCGUUGUAAUGGUGACAGAUGGCCACUCAGAAACUACCACUGCCAGACAUCAGGAACAUCUCAGCCAGACCAAGCCACACACAACAAAACGGGUGCCCCUAUUGUAUAUUUGUUUGUGUGUUUGCAACUCUGUAUUUUUGUUGCAUCUCAUUUUGUCUACAUUGAUGUACAAGAGAUCUGAUUUUAUGCCCUAGGUUAAUUUUACAUGUGUGAGUGUUUUUAUAUUUUGUUAUUUAUAAGUCCUUAUAGCUUUGGACUACUGUGGGGUCUGGCUCAAGAUAGUUCCUAGUAUGCCAACACUGCCCAUUAUAUAAUAAGAUUUAUUAUUAUUUUGAUGUUUUAAUUUUUCAUUUAAAUAUGUGUACUGUUCAUUCUCUUCAUUAGGUUGUCUUUUUCUGAAGAUAAAAAUCUAUAUUUCAUUACUGCCAAUACUGAUUUUUUUUCUUAGACAGCUGCUACUUUUAAAGAUUGUACCCAUUUCUAACCAUUUUGUUUUUAUUUGUACUAGUGAUAUUGAAUUAAUGGCUUGUACUUCAAUGUUUUGCUGUCCCUUUUAUUUAGUUGCUGUUGUAAAGAGAGAGGGUGAGUCCUGUUACCUCCUCUACCCAAUAUGUGGUGCCAUAUAUUUACAAAAGUAACCUACCCAUGCCAAGAUGACAAUAUCCCUCCUCACCUCUAAACAAACUUCAGAUACGCUCAAUGUGAUCUCUGUAGGACAUAGGGCUGUUAACCCUUCUACAAAUGGGAUUUGGUAGAAGAUACUUGAAUGCCAUCAUUAAAGAAACCUUAUUCAGCCUUAGAUUUUUUAACCAUGUAGAAUACUUAGUAUGAAUAUUUUCAUAAACAGUAAUUUUCAAAAUGACAGCACAUGCUGGCAUCUGUUUUCUUCUACCGUAUCACACACAAAAAAAAAUUAUAGCGAAUUAGCCUUUUGCUGAGUCGCUUUGUCAUACUAGUCACUUGGGUUUGUGGGAUUGACAAUGCCUUGCAUGACUUUGAACCAAAAGAAAAAAAAAAUUUUCUCAGAAUGACAGUGAUUUGUAAGUGAUUACCAAGUAUUGCACCAAAUGAAGAGUUUGAAUUUCAUUGACAUUUUUGCUUUGAUAGGAAGAAAUUUCUUCUCAGGUCUUUUGUGAUAUUUUUACCUCAGCUUUUCAAGUCCUGUUGCAUUUUGACUAAAAUGGGCAUUUGUGAUGCAAGGAUUAAGACCUAUGAAAGCUAAAUGUACCAAUGACUGUCUGUCCUCCGUUUAUUUCUAGUUUCAUUGUUUUACCCAUUUGGGAAUUUAUUAAUUCAUAGCACAUCAAGUAGAGGAAAAUAGUGGUAAUUUCUAUGAAAAGGUAAUCAAAUCAUGCAUUGCUCCAAACACCCCAAACCCAUCCCUUUCCCAGCCUUCCCCACCCUCAUCCCCCACCAGCCCUCCAGCACCUGUGGCACCUCAGCCUGUUUGGAUGGAAGCAGUGACCUUCCAAAUCAAAAUUAUUUUCUUGAUAUGUACUAACUCAGUAGUAUUGCCAGUCAUAGCUACUGGAUGAGUGGCAUUUUGCAUUUAUCAUGGUUUUCAAAGGUAUUUUUUGUAUUAGUGGAAAAGCUACACUGGUGCAUCUUAAAUAAGAGUUCUAAUAUAAUUUUUCACUGGACUAGGAAUACUGUAUCUCUAGAAUGUUUCUACAUGGGAAUAAGCACAAUAUUCUACAUUCUGAAUGUGCCUGAGGAAGCAGGAUUAUUAAUGUGUUCUGAGCCUAUGAGGUGUUCUACUAUAUUUUUGAAAAUUUAAAUUUUUUUUCUUCUGCCUUAAAGCAAAGACUCCAGUACAUUUAUGGCAUUUUAGUAAACAAGCUCUGUGAGAAUGUCCCUUACACCCUUACACUAAUAAGAUGACAUUUCUAAUUGUGAUUUGUUACUUUUAAUUGUAGCUUAAAUAACUUAAGUGUGUAAAUGAAGGCAUUAUUAUUAUUUUUUUUUUUCAUAUGUUUAAUUUGUUUUAUUGAUUGACAUGAGUAAGUGUUAAUUUCCAUAAAUUUUACAGAGAAAACUUUAAACAUCUUGUCUGCUAUGUAUCAUAAUGAAAAGUUGUUAUAUUAUUAAUACUUUUGAAAUUUUAGAACUUCUUUGAAAUUUGUUUCCCUUUUCUUUUCUUGUCAUGGCAUAGAAUGGAGUCAUAUAUAUAUAUAUAUAUAUAUAUAUAUAUAUAUAUAUAUAUAUAUAUAUAUAUAUAUAUAUAUAUAUAUAUAUAUAUAUAUAUAUAUAUAUAUAAUUUUUUUUUUUUUUAUGACACAAAUUAGGACAAAAAACACAUUGGGUUUAAUGGAGGAAAAAUAGGUACAGUAGGAUUCCACAUAUUUCAGAAACUUGGAGGAUGAGUUGGUGCUCAUUAAAACUUUUUUUUUUGGUAUGUAUAGCCUAAGAAAAAAAAGCCAAAUUUUUGUUACACUUUUGGAAGCCAACAAAUACCCACAUUGAAUAUAUGCAGGCAUUAUAAUUAAUUCAUAUCAUAACAUUUAUCCAUAUAUAUACACAGUUGGCAUACCCACAAAGCAUGGUAGUUGAGACAAGGCACUCACCCAUUCAUCCCUGCCCCCACCACACAUACAUGCACUUUACCUUCCUCUUCCUCUCAAGUACUCCUCAGUAUCCAUCUUAAUCCUUACACCUCAGCUGGAAAUGAGAGAACAGAUCAUCAUCAACCACCCUGAUAUGUAUCCCCUUUGGUGGCAUGUAAGAUAGGGAUAUACUUGCAUUUCAUAUUUUGAGCUGUCAGAUGAAGCAUUAGAAAUGGCAACAACUGUUGGCCAUGUGCAGAUAAAAUAAUGCAAAACUCUAACUUUACAGGGAUUUUUAUAUAGUGGGAGAGACUCCAAGCUUUGUAUGGUUGAUGAUGACUGAAGCCCAGGUUAGCAGUAACCUGUGCUAUGUGAUCUUUGCUUGGAUGACAUUGUUUCUUUUUCAUCAUAUUUCAUAAAUUUUGUUUGGAGCUCAUACUGUUUUUGCUGUCAGAUAAUUCUUGGUUGAAUAUUUUAUUGCUCAUUAGUUCAUUGCUUAUCCUCAACAUAACAUACUAGCUGUGCAGAAGGCAAGGUUGCUAUAUCUGAAAGUUCUUCAUAUUCAAAAAUCUUUUCAGCAAGGCCUUGUAGUGAAUUUAGAACUAGACAAAACAUUCAGCAAUACAUACUAAAAUAUUUGAUAUUCUGAGUGACAAGUGUAGAAGGAUUCCAUUGCCCACCACCAAAAUGCACCACAGUUCAUGCGAGUCCUGUCCAAUAACAGCAUGUUUGAGUGUAUACAUUACAAAAUUUGGAGACACUAUCACAUUGGGUGAACAUCAGCCUCUUAUAAUGAAGUUGGCUUGAGUUGUUUAUUAUAUCCAAUGUUUGCUUUAUUAAGGGUUUAGUGUAUUUGGGAUCCUGCUGUACAUCUAAAACCUCAGUUUGAGAUGGGUAUUUAUACAAGGCUUAAAAAUUCUAACUUUCCUUAGCUUUGAGGCCAUAAAAAUAAUAAAUUUUGGCUGUCUGGAUGAACAAAAAAUGAGGCAUUUUUAAUUCUCCUCCCGAAGAUUGUAUUUGUCAUAACCACUAUUAGGAAUUCCACUAAAUUUACAUCAUCCUCAUCCCCAUCCCCUUAUUCACUGAGAGGAAUGCAUGAAUUCAUGUGGCUGUUCUUGAUAUUUCUUAAACUUUUCUGUAUCCAGUGCUGCAUAAUUUUUGUCCAGGCUUCAAAUUAUUCACAUAAUGUAAACAUAAUCAGAACAGCCUUAGUGCAUUGUAGGCUUAGUGUUUGAAAACCCAUCACCAUACUUUAUAUACAUAUUUUUUUGCUUGUAUCACCCACCUUGCUUCACUUUCAUCCCAGUCCAGACCCAUUCUUUCAAUAAUCUACAUAUCUGCUUAUGACAAAUACAAUUUAUGAGGUACAGUAAACAGCACAGGUUUUACCUACAAAAUGGAUGGUUCUGCAGUUGAAUACAGGGUCUUUGUGAGGAAACAUGAUGAUGGUCUAACAGAUAUUUGGAUUUAAAAAUAUGUUCACUUUUCCAUCCCUCUAGAAGCUUAGAGGCAAAAAUGUUUUGAGUGCUUGUGGGUGUGAUAGUGACUAUGAAUUUGGUGCCUUGUCUUGGAUAACCCCUUUCAUGGUGGAUGUUGGCCUUGUGUGUACAUGUGUGUAUGCACACACUUUCAGCCUGCCUGCUUAUCAUUCUUGUAGUGUGACUGUUAUUUUCUGCAAAAUGUGUCAUACUAUGUAUGCAUGCAUACACACACACACACACACACACACACACACACACGGGCAGGAUUGCUAGCUUUCAUGCCUGCUCAGCUUGGUCUUAAAUCUUCUGUGUUGGUCCACACCUGCAUUUCCUUUGCAAAGUGAACAGGAGUUCAAACAUGAAAGAUCAACAGAAGUUGCUUACCUCUAACCAGGGAUUUAAAGUCCUUGUCCCUGCAGUUAUUCAGCUAAGCAAACUAACCUCUGCAUUGAAUGUAUUAAAUAUAUAGCUAUGGUUGUGAGCAGUGUGUUUAGCACUAUAUUGUAAAGUUUUACACUGAUUUACCUAUUUAUUAAUUUUAUUUAUUCUUCAUAAAGUACUGUUAUACUUCAGUGGUUGGCAUCAUUGUCUUCAACACCUUUCAGAAAUGUCCUGGAAAUGUCCUGUAUAUGACAAUGAUUAUAUAUAUAUAUAUAUAUAUAUAUAUAUAUAUAUAUAUAUAUAUAUAUAUAUAUAUAUAUAUAUAUAUAUAUAUAUAUAUAUAUAUAUAUAUAUAUAUAUAUAUAUAUAUAUAUUUACCUAAUACAAGCUGGGAGAGAACUUUAUAUGUUAUAAAGUGUACUACAACAUAUUAACAAUAAGUCAAAAAUGGUUACUCUAUCAGUAUCUGUUAAAAAUUUAUUUUCUCCUUGUGAGUUUGAGAUCCUGCAAAUCUGACAGCUUUGAUUCAAAUGAAGUGUCAUAUUAUUUAAAGAAAUCUAAACAAAUUGAUGAUCAGUGGUUGCAGGGAAUGUAGUUUUGAAGACAGUCAUAAUAGUUAGAUGCACUCCAUCCACAAGUAAAUCCAAUGCCAUGUUUCUGUAUUGUAACUAAGAUUCAAGAUUUUUUUGGGGGGGUCACUACAUAUUUAUCAUUUUGUUAAAACAGCAAUAAGAAAGCAGAAAAGAGUAAUCCCAUUCAUAUAAUAAAGAGUAAAAGAAAUAAAUUUGUAGAUCUAUGAUGCACCAGUGUAGAUUUUACAUCAUGUAAUUUAAACCUAUUUAGUUACUAGUAUGCAUUUUUGAAGUUCUAAGAACAGGACUAUAAAAAAUUGCUAAUUAAAUUUUUUUUUUUCUUUAGCUAAAAAAAAAAAAAUGAUGCUAUUGGCUGAGUGUGUAUGGUCUGUGUGUUCCAGGUACAUCCAUAGUAUUUAUGCUGAGUUAUCCUCGAGAUACAUUGUUGGUAAAGUCACCUGCAGGUAGUAGCUGACUUGACCUUAUGCAAAAUGUUUAUUCAUAACCCAGUUACUUUUUACUGUUUUUUAGCCAUUCCUUCUGUGGUUUUUAUUAAUAUUUAUUUACUCCUGCAUCUAUUUGCCUUCAGUACCAUCAGACUGUAUUCAGAAGUUGAAAUUCUCAACAGACAGUCAAGGGAACUCAGUAAUUGAUGCAUUUAUAGCUGUAAGAGUAUUAACUCUGUAUGUAUGUAAAAAUGGUUAAGAACAUGUUAGGUUUUAGAUAUAUAACUUCUGAAUGCAUCCAUGUCAUGUCUGUUGGAUAUUGACCACUUAAAACAAGUGAUGUGUUAAUUUUUUGUACUUUUUUACAUUAGAUACUCAUCCCAUGUGUCCAUAGCACAAUAGAAAACAAGGCAGUUUUGAAGAUACUGUAUUAUCUCCACAGUUUGCGAGCACAUGAAACAUAGGGCAGCACACUGUUGUGCCCUACCUGGCUUACUUUGGGUGAGGCUGUUGGUGGCCACAUUCUAAAUAUAUUAUAUAUAUAUAUAUAUAUAUAUAUAUAUAUAUAUAUAUAUAUAUAUAUAUAUAUAUAUAUAUAUAUAUAUAUAUAUAUAUAUAUAUAUUAUUGAGUAUUGGAGUUUUCAGAUGUAUUGCAAAAUUUAUCACUUAAUUUACUUGAUUCUCAUUGUAACAAUAUAUUAGGCUGUGUUAUCAUCAUGGCCAGGGAUUUAAUUCAUAUACAUAAUUAUGAAAUAUUGAAUAUAUUUCCCUAUCUGAACACAUGGUCAUGCUUACUACUUUUUAUAUUAAAAACUUUGUAGUGUAACUUUUUUAUUGCAUACAAGAUUAUGUAAAUCAGUAUCUAACCUGAAUGAACAUUGGAGUAAGCAUCUGAGCUGCUUAUAUAUAUAUAUAUAUAUAUAUAUAUAUAUAUAUAUAUAUAUAUAUAUAUAUAUAUAUAUAUAUAUAUAUAUAUAUAUAUAUGGCACUCUUUUUGGGGUGAGUAACAAGCAACUUGCACACUCUUGGCUUGAAGAUCCUGUGUAUGAGCACUGAAUAACAAAUGGGCAUUGCUAGCAUGUAAACUGCCACUUUGUGUAGAUAGUCACUGCAAAAAAUGGUAUGCCUCAUGUAAUACAUAUACUAUUAUUUUUCUGAGUUAUGUGUGAUAUUCAUACAGAAGUACAGAAAUAUAUAAAGAAUACACAAGUCAUCUACACUGCAUACUUGUUGAUUAGUUAAUAAUAUAAAGUUUAAAAUUUUCCAGACAAGUUUUAUAUAUGGAAAACUAGUGCAUAUAUAACUUUUCAUUAAGAAAUGAAUAAGAAACUCCCAACUGUCCUCAUUAUGAUUUACAAAUAGAGCCCUGGCCAAAAAACAAGCAUAACCAGUGCCUUUCCUCUGCAGUAGGGAACAUAUCACUAGCUUCCUUGGGUUUGUCAUUUCUGGCAAGUAAACUUUCAGAUAAAAAUUAUGGAUACUGUUGUUAAGAGCAAGGCAGCAGUCACAGAACUAGCUACUUAGAUAAUUACAUCCGGUGUCCAUGCUACUUUUGCUGAAAGACAGUGGGAAAUUAAGUACGUGUGAAUUGGAAAAUAUAGAACAGGAUGGCAUGUUCUUUGCAAAGCACCUGAAAAUUUUAUUAUAUUCCCCAUAGAUUCUACUCAUCAAAAACUUAUAAUUGAAAGUGUCACAUUUGAGGAUGGAAGUGAAUUUAAUAUGAAAAUACUUAACAAAUACAUGCUACCCACAGUCAUCAAAAGGGUCAGCCAGUUCCUUUUCUAAAGUAUAAUUGGUGUUAUGGAGUGUUAUGUAGUAGGUGUGGGAGGAUGUGGGCAACAUCAGACUGUCAUCUGCAUCAGGUUACAUAAAAGUGAAUUACCUUUCUAGAUAGGAUAUAAGCCAUUUAAAGAAGGAUUUAAGGUAAAACAUUAUGCAGAAUUGAGUGUUAAUGAAUAGUCAGUGAUCAUUCCCUAUCUAUGUCUAAACUUAAUGACAAGGAAGGAGGCCAAGAGGGUCAUGACAACUGAUACUCUGAUAUCUAAGUCAUAAGAACACACACUUAACAUGUAUGUACAUUCCUCACAGACAUCAGAUGUUUCUGUAGAGCAAAAUUUGUAUUGAACCACAUUGAAAGAUGAAGUGUAAGCAUGCAACUGUUGUAUGAAGUGAGCAUGGAAGAAUUUUGUUGCAUAACCAUUGCCUGGAUUUUAGCACAUCAGCGCCCAAAACAUUUUACUGUGUAUGUUGUAGGCAUAUGUGAGCCACCUGGCAUUAAUUUUUAAUGAUAUCAACAAUUUGGAUGAAUGAUUUAUAAUGUGUGUUUUCCAUGUUGUAGCAUUCUGUUUGAGUAUUUUGAUUGUAUUCUUUUUCUUAAUUAUUGGGUGGGUCUUACACUGUCCAAACUAUUAUUGUAUUGUUAUAGUGAUAAAUGAAACCAGCACUGCCAGUACCAGUCAGGUAAUUAACAAUAAGUGUUUAGAUAGGAUGUAUGCCAGCUACAGUAACUGCCUGUCUACCACAUGACGACCAUUUCUAAUGCUCUUUCAUCAUACUCAAAGUGCUCUUGUGUGUGAAUAUACAAAAUGACAAUGCGCUGAGAAAAAUGUUGUUUGUAUGAUGGUAACUUAUAUAUAUGUGGUACUGUCCUUUUUAAAGACUUUUGAAGGAAACACCAAUUACUCUUAUUUUGCAAUAGUGUUUUGAAUAAAGGAGUUUUUCUCCUUCCAUGGAAACUGUUGUUAUAUUCAUAAAUAAGAUUUUACUGCCAUGGUGCGCUGAUGUUGCUUGUGAUGUAAUUGAUCUCUUGUACUGAAGACUACUGUGAGGCUCUUUUUCCAGUUCAUCACUGCCAAGGUUAGGAAGCCAAUAGUGUACCCACUGCCUUGUAUACAAGUGAAACUAAUGUUAAUUAAUAUUAAUUUAUUUUGCUGGACCAUGAUGAGAAGACAUGUUCCUUCUGUAUGGGGCCGGGGUUUGUGCUCUUCAUAACACAAAGGGUGAAGAUUUAUUUGAGACUGAUAAAUCAAUUUUGUAACUUUGAGUGAAUAAUUAAUGCAAGAUUGAUUAGAAUAUUUAAUUAUUCACUGGAGGAAAAUAUGUAGGAGAGCAAUGAUGUGAGCCCCAUCUGGCCCUGUGGUACAGUGUUUAGAUUAAAUGUGAGAUGAUGA